AGACACAUCCAUGGGAAUCAGUUUCAUGUUCAAGUGAAGAUAGCUACGUAAGAAGUUUUCACUAAAAAAACAAACGACAAACUACUUUCAGUUUUCCGACAUUACAAUAUGAUCAACAGUGAGUCUUAUGUUUGCCUUGCAAAGGCAAUUCCAGCUACGCUGGUGCUUUUGCUGGCUAUGUCUGAAGGUAUUUCAGGACUAACACAAGCCGAGGCUCUUCUUAGGUGGAAACAAAGCCUACCUGAUCAACCCAUUUUGGAGUCGUGGGUGAUCAACUCCACUGCAACUCCUUGUACAGGGUUCGACUUGAAUACAACCGGCUGACAGGUUUUGCGGAUCAGGAUUUUGGAGUCUAUCCCAACCUCACUUACAUGGACUUCAGUCAUAACAGGGUGGAAGGUGACCUCACUGCAAAUUGGGGUGCCUGCAAAAACUUGCAAUAUCUCAGCAUGGCUGGGAAUGGAAUAAGUGGCAACAUUCCAAGUGAGAUUUUUCAGUUGGACCAACUACAAGAGCUUGACCUAUCCUCCAACCAUAUAUCAGGAGAGAUUCCUUCACAGAUAGGAAAUUCCUCCAACUUGUAUCAAUUAAAUUUGAGUGGAAACAAACUUUCUGGCAUGGUACCAGUAGAAAUUGGAAAGCUUUCCAAUUUGCGAUCCUUAGACCUCUCUAUGAACAUGCUACUGGGACCAAUCCCUAAUCGGAUAGGGGACAUCUCAAACUUGCAGAAUUUAAAUCUUAGCAACAAUAACUUUAAUGGCUCAAUCCCCUACCAAGUUGGAAAUCUUGCAUCUUUACAAGAUUUUUUGGACUUGAGUUUCAAUGCACUUUCAGGAGAAAUUCCUUCUGAUCUUGGGAAGCUUUCAAAUUUGGUAAGCUUGAAUAUCUCUCACAACAAUCUGACAGGUUCAAUCCCUGACUCCCUCAGUACAAUGGUGAGUUUGUCAGCCAUCAACCUCUCCAACAACAAUUUGGAGGGUAAAGUUCCCGAAGGGGGUGUGUUCAACUCUUCUCAUUCCGUGGAUUUGAGCAACAACAAAAAUUUAUGUGGAAAUGUUCAAGGUUUGAAACCUUGUAAUGUCUCUCUCACUAAACCUGAUGGUGGUGGAUCAAGUAACAAAAAGGUUGUGAUCCCAAUAGUUGCAUCCUUGGGAGGUGCUCUUAUUGUUUCUUUGGUGUGUGUUGGGAUUGUUUUCUUUUGCUGCAAGAGGAAAUCAAGAGCUCGAAGACAAAAGAGUUCAAUCAAAAAACUAAAUCCAUUUUCCAUUUGGUACUUCAACGGCAGAGUUGUGUACGGAGACAUAAUUGAAGCCACCAAGAACUUUGACAACCACUAUUGCAUUGGGGAAGGAGCAUUGGGAAAAGUUUAUAAAGCAGAGAUGAAAGGUCAAGUAUAUGCAGUAAAAAAGUUGAAGUGUGAUGCAGAAAACUUAGACAUUGAGAGUAUAAAAACCUUUCAGCAUGAGGUAGAAGCGAUGUCAGAAACACGCCACCGAAACAUAAUCAAGCUUUACGGAUUUUGCUCUGAAGGGAUGCACACAUUUUUAAUCUAUGAGUACAUGAACAGAGGGAACUUAUCAGCCAUGCUGAAAGAUGACAAGGAAGCCUUGGAACUAGAUUGGCCUAAGAGGGUUGACAUUGUGAAAGGUGUAGCAAGCGCUUUGUCCUAUAUGCAUCAUGAUUGUUCUCCCCCUUUAAUUCACAGAGACAUAUCAAGCAACAACAUUUUACUCUCCGACGAUCUUUCAGCUCAUGUCUCAGAUUUUGGAACUGCAAGGUUUCUCAAGCAGGAUUCACCUAUUUGGACAUCAUUUGCCGGCACAUAUGGUUAUGCUGCUCCAGAGCUUGCAUACACAAUGGCAGUGACUGAGAAAUGUGAUGUGUUCAGCUUUGGAGUUUUGGCUUUCGAGAUUCUCACAGGAAAGCACCCUGGUGAUCUUGUUUCCUACAUACAAAGUAGCAGUGAACAGAAAAUAAACUUCAAAGAGAUUUUAGACCCUCGUCUCUCGACUCCUUCCAAGAACAAUAUUUUGAAGGAAUUGGCAUUGAUUGCAAACCUUGCUCUUGCAUGUUUACAAACCAAUCCUCAAUCUCGACCAACUAUGCGAUACAUAGCUCAACUUCUUGAAAUGGAUAGUGCUGAUAUGAGAUAGCUCAAAAUUUAUGUUUUCUUUUUCUUUCUUUUCUGUCAUAGCAGUAAACAACUUUCUGACGCACGUGUUUGUAUUUGUCUAUGUAGAAACACUUAUCUUCUAAUCACAGUGAUUGUUUUUCCCUU